AUGCUUGGAUUUGAAUCGCUUCCAGAUCCCACGGAUACCUGGGAAAUUAUAGAGACCAUCGGUAAAGGCACCUAUGGCAAGGUCUACAAGGUCACCAACAAGAGAGAUGGGAGCCUGGCUGCAGUAAAAAUUCUGGAUCCAAUCAGUGAUAUGGAUGAAGAGAUCGAAGCAGAAUAUAACAUUUUGCAGUUUCUUCCUAAUCAUCCCAACGUUGUCAAGUUCUAUGGGAUGUUUUACAAAGCGGAUGAGUGCGUGGGAGGACAGCUGUGGCUGGUCCUGGAGCUGUGUAACGGGGGCUCAGUCACCGAGCUUGUCAAAGGUCUACUCAUGUUCGGCCAGCGGUUGGACGAAGCAGUGAUCUCAUACAUCUUAUAUGGAGCCUUAUUGGGCCUUCAGCAUUUGCACAAUAACCGAAUCAUCCACCGUGAUGUCAAGGGGAAUAACAUUCUUCUGACAGCAGAAGGAGGAGUUAAGCUCGUUGACUUUGGUGUGUCAGCUCAGCUCACCAGUACACGUCUAAGGAGAAACACAUCUGUUGGCACCCCCUUCUGGAUGGCCCCUGAGGUUAUCGCUUGUGAACAGCAGUAUGACUCUUCCUAUGACGCUCGCUGUGACGUCUGGUCCUUGGGGAUUACAGCGAUUGAAUUGGGGGAUGGAGACCCUCCCCUCUUUGACAUGCAUCCUGUGAAAACGCUCUUUAAAAUUCCAAGAAAUCCUCCACCUACUUUACUUCAUCCGGAAAAAUGGUGUGAGGAAUUCAACCACUUUAUUUCACAGUGUCUUAUUAAGGAUUUUGAAAAGCGGCCUUCCGUCACACAGCUCCUCGACCACCCAUUUAUUCAAGGAGUCCGCGGAAAGGUUUUGUUUCUGCAAAAGCAGCUGGCCAAGGUCCUCCAAGACCAGAAGCAUCUAAACCCUGUUGUUAAAACAAGUUCCAGGCGUGAAAGGAUGCAUACCAGAAGACCCUAUCAUGUGGAAGAUGCUGAAAAAUACUGCCUUGAGGAUGAUUUGGUCAAUCUAGAAGUUCUGGAUGAGGACACAAUUAUUCACCAGUUGCAGGAGCGUUAUGUGGACUUGCUCAUUUACACGUAUGUCGGCGACAUCUUAAUUGCCUUAAACCCCUUCCAGAAUCUAAGCAUAUACUCUCCACAGUUUUCCAGACUUUAUCAUGGGGUGAAACGUGCCUCAAAUCCCCCCCACAUCUUUGCAUCAGCAGAUGCUGCUUACCAAUGUAUGGUUACUUCCAGCAAAGACCAGUGCAUUGUCAUCAGUGGAGAAAGUGGCUCUGGGAAGACAGAAAGCGCCCACCUGAUUGUCCAGCAUUUGACUUUCUUGGGAAAGGCCCAUAAUCAGACCUUGAGAGAGAAAAUUCUGCAAGUCAACUCCCUGGUGGAAGCCUUUGGAAAUGCAUGCACGGUCAUCAAUGACAAUUCCAGCCGCUUCGGAAAAUAUCUGGAAAUGAUGUUUACACCAACUGGAGCUGUGAUGGGAGCAAGAAUCUCUGAAUAUCUCCUUGAAAAGUCCAGAGUUGUAAAACAGGCAGUGGGAGAGAAAAAUUUUCACAUAUUUUACUAUAUUUAUGCUGGUCUUUAUCACCAAAAGAAGCUUUCUGAGUUCAGACUUCCUGAGGAAAAACCUCCUAAGUACAUAGCCGAUGAGACUGGAAGGGUGAUGCAUGACAUAACUUCCAAGGAGUCUUACAGAAGACAGUUCGAAGCAAUUCAGCAUUGUUUCAGGAUUAUAGGCUUCACUGACAAGGAGGUGCAUUCAGUGUACAGAAUUUUGGCUGGGAUUUUGAAUAUUGGAAACAUUGAAUUUGCAGCUAUUUCUUCUCAACAUCAAACUGAUAAAAGUGAGGUGCCUAAUGCUGAAGCUUUGAAAAAUGCUGCCUCUGUGCUCUGCAUCCGCCCCGAAGAGCUCCAGGAGGCCCUCACUUCCCGUUGUGUGGUCACCCGAGGAGAGACCAUCAUCCGCGCCAACACUGUUGACAGGGCCUCGGACGUCCGAGAUGCCAUGUCUAAAGCCUUGUAUGGGAGGCUCUUCAGCUGGAUUGUAAAUCGCAUCAAUACACUCCUGCAGCCAGAGAAAAACAUAUGUAGUGCAGAUGGCGGUAUGAAUGUGGGGAUAUUGGAUAUUUUUGGAUUUGAGGACUUCCAGAGAAAUUCAUUUGAGCAGCUCUGCAUAAACAUCGCCAAUGAGCAAAUCCAGUACUACUUCAAUCAGCACGUUUUUGCUUUUGAGCAGAUGGAAUAUCAGAACGAGGGCCUUGACGCUGCCCCCGUGGAGUAUGAGGACAACCGGCCACUCUUGGAUAUGUUCCUCCAGAAACCCCUGGGACUACUGGCGCUUUUGGAUGAGGAAAGUCGGUUUCCCCAGGCCACGGAUCAGACCCUGGUUGAUAAAUUUGAGGAUAAUCUACGCUGCACAUACUUCUGGAGGCCCAAGGGAGUGGAGCUGAGCUUUGGCAUUCAGCACUACGCCGGAAAGGUAUCAUACGAUGCUUCCGGGUUUCUUGAGAAAAACAGAGACACUCUCCCUGCCGAUGUGGUUGUAGUCUUAAGAACAUCAGAAAACAGGCUUCUUCAGCGACUCUUCUCAAUCCCUUUAACCAAAACAGGUAACUUGGCCCAGACAAGAGCCAGGAUAACAGCAACUUCAAGAUCUUUGCCUCCACAUUUCAGUGCUGGGAAAGCCAAGGUGGAUACUCUGGAGGUAAUACGGCAUCCGGAAGAAACCACCAACAUGAAGAGACAGACCAUGGCUUCUUACUUCCGGUACUCUCUGAUGGAUCUGCUCUCCAAGAUGGUGGUGGGACAGCCCCACUUUGUGCGCUGCAUUAAGCCCAACGAUGACCGAGAGGCCCUGAAGUUCUCUCAAGAGAGAGUGCUGGUCCAGCUCCGCUCCACGGGGAUCCUGGAGACAGUCCGCAUCCGCCAGCAGGGCUAUUCCCACCGCAUCCUCUUCGAAGAGUUUGUGAAAAGGUAUUAUUACUUGGCAUUCAGAGCACAUCAAACGCCUCUUGCUAGCAGAGAGAGUUGUGUUGCUAUCUUGGAAAAGUCCAGAUUAGAUCACUGGGUGCUGGGCAAAACAAAGGUUUUCCUCAAAUAUUACCAUGUUGAGCAGUUAAAUUUGCUGCUGCGAGAAGUCAUAGGCAGAGUGGUUGUGCUGCAGGCAUAUGCCAAGGGGUGGCUUGGAGCCAGGAGAUACAGAAAAGUCAGAGAGAAGAGAGAGAAGGGGGCCACUGCCAUCCAGUCAGGGCACCCUUCGGACCAAAGCAGUGAUCCACACCUUGUUGUCACAGGGGGCAUCAGGGGAAGUACCCAGGUUCAAGACUGUAGUAAGCCUGGUGACCAUGAAGACCAUAAAAGCAGUCCACAAGCUGAAUCUACCAAUGGCCAUGCAGAGACAUCAAGCAACCCUCGUCCAGCCACUGAGAAAAAUCGGCAUUCACAAGGCCAGAGUUCUCCAAAAGAGUAUGAUGUCUUCACAGGAUAUCCAAAUAAGCACUCAGUGUCUGGGACUGAUUUGCUGUCUUCUCGGACAUGCCAUGCUGCUCCAGGUCGCCCAGGACUGAGUCCCUCGAGGGGAGCCCCUGCAAAACCUGGUUCAGAAAAUGGUCUUGCACAGAAGCAGCGAACACCUCGCCGAAGAUGUCAGCAACCCAAAAUGCUGAGUAGCCCUGAGGACACCAUGUACUAUAACCAGUUAAAUGGAACGCUAGAAUAUCAAGGGAGCAAGAGGAAGCCAAGAAAACUUGGCCAAGUCAAAGUGCUCGAUGGUGAAGAUGAAUAUUACAAAUCUCUGUCACCCGUGGACUCGACCCCUGAGGAAGGCAACUCAGCCCACCCUUUCUUUUUUCCCUCGUCCUCAAAAGGAGCAUCUUCCGCUCAGCACUGAGUUGUCCUU